AUGUCCCUGAAGAAGGCCCUGAUUCUAGGGGCCGUCACUCUGGCCGCCAUGAUAAGCCCGGGUGGAGGUGAAGACAUCGUGGCUGACCACGUGGGCACUUACGGCACAAAUGUCUACCAGACAUACGAUGCCUUUGGCCAGUUUACGUUUGAAUUUGAUGGCGAUGAGCUAUUCUACGUGGACCUGGAAAAAAGGGAAGUAGUCUGGCGGCUGCCUGAGUUUAACAAUCUUACCAAGUUUGAAACCCAGAGUGCCCUGAGAAACAUUGUUAUGUCAAAAAGAAAUUUGGACAUCUUGAUAAAAAAAUCCAACUUUACACCUGCCACCAAUGAAAUCCCUGAAGUGGCCGUGUUUCCCAAGUCUUCCGUGAUCCCGGGAAUUCCCAACACCCUCAUCUGUCACGUGGACAACAUCUUUCCCCCCGUGAUCAACAUCACUUGGUUUCGCAAUGGACGCUUCGCAGAAGGUAUCACCGAGACCACAUUCUACCCCAAGAGCGACCACUCCUUCCGCAAGUUGAGUUACCUCACUUUUCUUCCCUCCGCUGCCGAUUUCUAUGACUGCAGGGUGGAGCACUGGGGCCUGGACGCACCGCUCGUCAAGCACUGGGAGCUUGAGAUUCCGACCCUUGUGUCAGAGCUGACAGAGACUGUGGUCUGCGCCCUGGGGUUGGCCAUGGGCCUCGUAGGCAUCGUGGUGGGCACUGUCCUCAUGAUCCGAGGCCGGCACUCAGGUGGUCCCUCCAGACACCGAAGGGCCACGUGACUCAUGGCCUGGAAAACUGGAAGGUAAGAAUCAGAUGCAUAAGAUCUGGAAAGAUGUUACCACAGGUGGUGACAGCAAGGGUGGAAAACUGGCAUCCAGGAUACAUAAAUGUGUUUGAAUAAUUGUGGGCAAAUUGGAGAUGGGUUGACCUUGGGUCGGGAGCACAGGACCUGUCAAUCUCAUGCUGGUUGCUGUUUCGGGUAAUCAGCCUUUACAAGAAAAGAGAGGAAUGGUUCAGACUCUAGUUCCCUGUUUGGUCUUGAUAUAUAACUUACACGUGCUCCCUGUUCCACCUCAUCCACAUCCCUGUUUCCCUGUUUGAGUGGAAUUUAUGGAGAGAUUUUCCUUCAAAGACCACUGACCCUUAUGAAUUCUUCCAGCUUAGUCUUCAAUUCAUCACCUACGUUUCACAGGCAGACCUGGACCGUUCUACCCAGCCACCUAGUUCUUGGUCACGCUAAUCCAAUAUCUGUGCCA